CAAUCAGUGAAGCCCGUGUGUUCACGCGCUCCCUCAACAGUCAUGGUGGGUAUGAGCGUAUUGAGGACGGCGGCUGCAUUUGCAGCCAGAUUAAACCCGCUGAAACGAACAUGUCAAUCCUCAAAUCUACUCUCCAGGACUGUUGCACGUUCAGAACAAGUUGUUGUCCGUCAUGGGAGCCAUGGUAAAAGGAUGUUUAUCAUCAAGCCCACUGACUUCUAUGAUAGAAGAUUUCUUUACCUGCUGAGAAAUUACAUUCUUUACACUGGUAUCCCUAUGGUAGCACUUGUGACCUUUGUUAAUGUUUUCGUAGGAGAAUCUGAGCUAGCAGAGACACCUGAAGGCUACGAACCAGAGCACUGGGAGUACUACAAGCAUCCCAUCACCCGUUGGAUCGCACGUACCUUUUAUGACAGCCCAGUGAAGGACUAUGAAAAAAUGAUGGCACUUAUCCAAAUUGAGACUGAGAAAGCUGAAAUGAGACAACAACAACUUGAAGUCCGCAGACACAUGAGAGAAAAAGGAGAUGGACCCUGGUUCCAAAUUAAGACACUUGAUAAGAAUCUCAUCGACAACAGCCCCAAGUCAUCCCCUGAUAACUAGGAGGGGUCAUGUAUACCUGUCCAAAAUAUUCAGGCAUUAUACAAUGUAUAAUGUACUUGUUGAUAAAAAAAAAAAAAAAUUGCUUUUCCCC